UUAUAUCAAACACAAACAAUUAUUUGGAUUGCGAUUGGUAUCAAAAUAUGAGUGGGGAAGAGAGAGAGAGAUGAGAAGGGGCUGUUUAGAGAGAGAAGCUCUGCCGCUGGCGGCGAUGGUUGCGGCGGAGUUCGCCGGCGUUGGGCUGACGAUCAUAUUCAAAGCCGCCAGCUCGAAAGGGAUAAGCAAUUACGUGUUCAUUGUGUACACAUACGCCAUUGCAGCCCUCUGUUUCUUUCCUUUUGCUUUCUUCUUCUUCUUCCAAAGAUCAUUUCAUCUCCCUUAUAACAUUUCUUCCUACUUCAUGAUUCUCUCUCUCGCCGCUAUUGGGAUUGGGUCUCAACUGUGUGGAUAUAGAGGACUGGAGAUUAGUUCACCGGCUCUAUCUUCUGUCAUCAGCAACCUAACUCCGGCCUUCACUUUCAUCUUUGCCGUUAUUUUCAGGAUUGAAAAGUUAGAUUGGAGAAGCUCAAACUGCGUGGCUAAAAUCAUAGGCACAAUAGUUUCCAUGAUUGGUGCUUUUGUGGUCGUUCUCUAUAAAGGCCCAAUGCUUCUACCCAAUUCUUAUAAAAAGCCUCUUCUUCUUCACCAUCACUCCAACUCAGACUGGGUUUUGGGCGGCUUCUUGUUUUCUAUUCAGUACCUCUGUUAUGCCAUUUCCUCCGUUCUUAUGACAACUAAGGUCAUCAAAGUUAUGGGAGCUAAUUCAUUUGUGCUGCUCUUCUACUACAUAUGCACCACCCUUUUGUCAACGCCCAUCUGUUUGUUGGCAGAGACAGAUUUCAGAGCUUGGACACUGCCUACUGAUAUGGCACUUGUCGCUGUUAUAUAUGCGGGAAUGAUGGGUCAAGCAUUCUAUGGGAUCAUCCACUUAUGGGGCUUUCGAGAGAAACGGCCUGUCUAUGUCUCCAGCUUCAGGCCAUUGUCUAUUGUUAUUGCAGCUGUCUUGGCUUUCAUUCUUCUCGGUGAUGCCCUCUAUUUUGGAAGUGUGAUAGGAGCAAUUAUAAUAUCAAUUGGAUUUUAUGCUUUACUUUGGGGAAAGGCAAAAGAAGCCGAAAUCAAAAAGCAGAUUGUUGUUGUUGGUAACUUGGAAUCCAAUCCAUACAACGAGGAAACUCGUCCAUUGCUACAAAACAAUAAUCACACCUAGUCCAUUUAAUAACAUUUUCAUUCCUAUUAUUCAUAUUUCUGCUAUCAAUGUAUUCAUAUUUAUUGACAUUUUACGUAAUUUAUAGGCUUCAUCUCAAAACUAA